CCCACAAACACACGCAACAGCGGAGAAUAUGAGUAACUCUCGGUGGCUGCUGGAGGAAGAUACAAAUCAAAUUCUCCACAAGGAAAAUUGGUCGUCGAUUCCCAGGACUUUCUGCUUGAAGACUCGACCCCUCAGUGUUACUGAAUGAAGAAGUGAAUCUUCUGUGAUCACAGUCAUGGCUGUCCAGACUGGCAUCCAGGUAUGGUUCGGCGAGAAAUUCGACGCCCCGUUGCUGAGCCCCAGGAGCCCACGCAGCCCGUUGGCACAGCGGCACGGCCCCGGCCUCGCCGACGUCUUCCAGUAUGACCAGUGGCUGGCAGUGCGACAUGAGGCCACCCUGGUACCCAUGCAGGAGGAUCUGGCCAUCUGGCUCACCGGCAUGCUGGGAGAGGAGGUCAGAGCAGAGUUUUUCAUGGAGGAGCUGAAUAACGGCGUGAAGCUCUGCCAGCUUAUCGGUGUGCUGCAGACUAAGAUCGCCCAGAGCUGCCCCUCCGCACUCUGCAAGCUGUUCCCCACGAGGAAGGUGGCAUGUAAGCGGGACGCCUCUCCAGGAUCCUUCUUCGCUCGUGACAACACCGCCAACUUCCUGGCCUGGUGUCGCCACAUCGGUGUGGAGGAGACCUACCUUUUUGAGUCGGAGGGCCUCGUGCUGCACAAGGAGCCUCGGCAGGUUUGUCUCUGUCUGCUGGAGAUCGGGCGCAUCGUCUCCAAGUACGGCGUGGAGCCUCCUGUGCUGGUGAAGCUGGAGAAGGAGAUUGAGUUGGAGGAGACUCUGCUGAUGGCAGAGGAGCCGCCUCCGGCUGUCAAAACCUUCAGCGUGUGCUGCCAGCACGGCGGCCUCUACCAGCCGGGGGAACAUGGCUUGGACGACCCACCCUGCAACUGCUCCAACAGAGUUUCCAUUGAGUACUUGUCUGAGGGACGCUACAGACUGGGAGACAAGACUCUCUUUAUUCGGAUGCUUCACGGUAAACAUGUGAUGGUGCGUGUCGGUGGCGGCUGGGACACGCUGCGUGGUUUCUUGAUGAAAUACGACCCUCUGCGAGUGCUGCAGUUCACCACUCUGGAGCAGAAGAUCCUGGCCUUUCAGAAAGGCCCCCCUGGCCUGGGCGGUCACCAUGGCAACGCAGCUCCACCCCCUCCUCCUGACAUGGACCCCCUCGCCGCUGUUAACAUCCUCAUCUCCUCCUCGUCCUCCUCUUCGUCCUCCACCUCGUCGUCAUCAUCUUCCUCCUGCUCGGCCAGUAAGCCGGUGCUUGUGACCGCUGCAGGUCAGACGUGUCGGUCCUACAACGCCUCCCCGGCCUGCACGCCCACGUUGCCCAGGAAAGGUGCUGCCACAGCACCCAGGAAGAAUCUCCAGGGGACACCUUCUUCCCCUAGGAAGCCCACCCAGCUGCCCCUGCCCAGCACCACCAAAGGCUCCUCCUCUCUGCCUUCCACGCCUGUGGGAAGUUCCUCCAAACAGGCUCCCAGCCCGGGGUGUCACGGUGUGCAGGUGCAUCGCAGAGCUCUGACUCCAUCCUCAGCUCCGCUACCUGCAGGUCCAAGCCCCGCCUCCAAACUGAAGCUCAGGGCGCCACCACGCGGCGCCGCCUCUCAGCCCAGGAGCCCUGUCUGCCCUGAACCGUCUUCCAAAUGCCCCAAACCCUCCAGUCCCUGCUCCUCCCCCACCGCUGCCUCCGUGCCUCGCCCCGUCACUGCACCAGUACGGGCACCCACCCCUAAAGAUGCCCGGCCCCCAUCGGGCGCCAGCCAGCGCUCUCGCCUUGCACAGCGCCGUCCCGGCUCUCCGGCCUCACGCCUCCGUCUAGAGGCAGCCAGGCGGGUGCGGACGGCCGCAAGAGCUGUGACAUCAAUGCCAAGAGCAGCGACGGCGAUUCCCCAAACCCGGACCCCCACCCCCAGCUCACGGACAGCCUCCCCCGUGCUGCCAAAGCCCGCCAGCUCCCUGCCCAAGAGCAAAGAGGUCACAGCCAAAGCCAAAGGGCCGGCCCCAACCAAGGCCACUGCUGCCCCUCCGCGCAGUACGACUGCUGCUGUCCCCGGGCGGGUCCCAGGGGCCAACGCAUGCCCUUCUCCCACAAGCAAAGCUAGCCUGAAAACACCAGCCACAGCGCAGAGAGUGGGGCGGAAGCCAGCAACCACUACUAACCCCAUCAACGGGAAGUCAACUCUAAAACCUGAAGCGGGUCAGGCCCUGGCCCCGCAUAAAACCAGCCCCAACGUCAAAGCUGUUAAGACCGAGCCCAGCAAGAAGAUCCCACAAUGCAAGGGCAAACGUGAGGAUGCUUAUUUUGAAAUGACCAGUAGGAGGAGGCAGAAGACGUAACGGGGACAGUCUCUGUGCCAAAGCAGCACUUGAUGGAGCUCAGACUCUUCAAAUAAAUGAACCCGGUCACUAAUACACAUCAGAAAGCUUCUUUUUGACUACUUUUAAAUGUAUUUUUGUUUGUUGGUUUUUGGAUGUUAUUUAAUAGUCUUUUAUUUACAUGUUUUAAUCCAAAAGGGUCAAAGAUGUCAUGCUUUGUGUGUCUCGUCUUUGUGCUGAUGUAAUGGUCUGUUUUUUGAGAGGUCAGCUCCAUGUUCGUGGUUAACACUAAAACUUGCACAAUGUUUACAUUUUCACCUUCAUCACAAGUACCGCCGUUACAAUUUAUUGUGUCAAAUGACUUUUAAAGAGCGAAGGAUAGAACCAUGUUCAAACACGAACCUGCUUUUUUAGCUUAACACAAGAUCACAGCCAUGAUUUAGUAAGACGCACUUAGCUGAACAUUUUCAGGAAAAAGGUCAGAGUCCGAGUCCUGUUUUCUGCAACAGGUUACCAAAGUGGUGAAAUUUCUGAAGUUCGGUGACACAACUGGAACAGAAAUAACGGUUUGUAAUAGAUUUUUCUCCCCAGUGAGAACAUGUCUUCCACUGGUGGACAGUCGAUGUAUUACACGUCUGGUUUUUGUUUUUUAUAAAUGAUACUGGGUGGGCGGUUUGUGUCGAUGGCGCCGAACAAAACGUCAUCUAGAACGGACCUUCCUGUCAUGUGCCUUCAUCAGAAAUCUCUGAGCGGCAUUAGAAUGUAUUAGAUAAUAUGUUGGUUGGGGUGGGGGGUAGUUUUUACUGAUGAAAAUUGCACAGUGAGUACGAGCACACGUGACUUUGGUUUCUCAGAGAAAAGCCAGGGUCGCAAGAUGAACUACUGAUCAAACGCCUCUUUUAUUUGGAACAGAAAACACUCGAGGUCCUCCAGUGGCCAAAAUCAUUUUAGGGCAGAAUCUACUUGGUAUAGACAUGUUUUUGUAUGAUUUCUAAUUUUUUGUGUUUUCAAAAUUCUAGUUUUCUAUGUGGUGUGUGUGUGUGUGUGUGUGUGUGUGUGUGUUUUAUCAGUGAGGCUUUUUUCUUGUUUGGCACUUUACAGAAACCGCUGUUUGUUAAGAUUUGAAUGUUGAUCCUGUCGAUUGUGUCUCUUGUUCCUGCUACCUGUUGGGUUUUUUUUGUGUCAUUUUGAUUAAUAAAUGGAUCAAAUGUUUUGAAGGUAA